GCGACUCCCGACGCGGGCGGGGGCGGAGCAGACGAGUGGAGCCUCCUCCCGGCGGCGAGGGCGGUCCCCACAGCCUUUGCUCCGCGUCUCCGCUUUCUGCGGGCGGUGCUCGUCGCCGCGGCGUCUGGGGGAUUUUUGGAGCAGAACGCCCAAACAAAAGCAGGCAUCGCACAAUCAGUUGUCAUCAAGUUUGCAGAUUGGAAUAGCUGAACUUGAAGCUUCCUGCCUGCAGUGGAGGCCGAGAGAUACCUAUUGCUCACAUAAUCAAAGACAUGAACUUCAACGUGACUUUCCACCUUUCCUACAGAUUCCGAUUGCUGUUGCUUUUUACCUUGUGCCUGACAGUGGUUGGGUGGGCCACCAGUAACUACUUUGUGGGUGCUAUUCAAGAGAUACCUAAAGCAAAGGAUCUUGUGGCUAGUUUGAGCAAGGGUGUCGUUUUAGGGAAGAAAGGAACUGUGACGGAUGAAGCAUUUGUGGAAAAAGCAAAACUUGACAACUGCCCUUCUGUGUCUCCAUAUCUCAAAGGCCAGACCAAGCUCGUGUUCAAGCCAGAUCUCACUCUGGAGGAAGUCCAGGCAGAGAACCCCGAGGUGCACAGAGGCCGGUAUCGCCCUGAGGAGUGCAGGGCUUUGCAGCGGGUUGCCAUCCUCAUCCCUCACCGGCACAGGGAGAAGCACCUGCUGUACCUGCUGGAACACCUUCACCCCUUCUUGCAGAGGCAGCAGCUGGACUAUGGCAUCUACGUCAUCCACCAGGCUGGAAGUAAGAAGUUUAAUCGUGCCAAACUCCUGAAUGUGGGCUAUAUAGAAGCUCUCAAGGAUGAAAUUUGGGACUGUUUCAUAUUCCACGAUGUGGACCUGGUACCUGAGAAUGAUUUGAACCUUUACAGGUGUGAGGAUCAGCCCAGGCAUCUGGUGGUUGGCAGGAACAGCACGGGGUACAGGUUACGUUACAGUGGAUAUUUUGGGGGUGUUACUGCCCUAAGUCGAGAGCAAUUUUUCAAGGUGAAUGGAUUCUCUAACAACUACUGGGGAUGGGGAGGCGAAGACGAUGACCUCAGACUCAGGGUUGAACUUCAUAGAAUGAAAAUAACCCGGCCACUGCCUGAAGUGGGUAAAUAUACUAUGAUCUUCCACAAGAGAGACCAAGGCAAUGAGGUGAAUAUAGAACGUGUGUAGGAUGGAUCUCCUUCAAAUCUUUCAAUGUAAGCAACAUAUUAUAACAGAUUAAAUGAAGAUGAAAUAUGGGAAGCCAACUGUCUUCAGUAAAAGCCAGACAUUGAAGAGACUUUCAAAAAUGUAAAAAAAUGAAUGCUACUUUUCUCGCUUUCUUUUUGUUUGAGAAAAUAGUCUUUUUUUCCCACAGAAAUAUAUUGUUCAUAGUAACAUGUAAUAGUUUGUUAUUGUUAUUUUAAAUGAAUUAACACAUAUUUUUUAAAAUUCUGUGUUAAUUUGUAACAGGGUUAGUUGGUUAAUUUCCCCCAUAAAUAAAAAUCUUUUUGGAGUCCUCAGUAAUUUUUGAGAAAGUGAAAAUGCGUUCUGAAACCAAAAGUUUGAGACUGCUUUCUGAAUGCAAUGGGUCUUAAUCCUGACAACAAAUUAGAAUCAUCUGGAAAAUUAAAAAAAAAAAAAAAACAAAUACGAAAGACCUGGGUCUUGCCCCUAAAUCAACUGAAAUCUGAAUCUCAGAGGUUGGGGCUUAGGUAUGUUCCCCUCCGGCUCCUCCAUGAGGUUUUAAUGUGCAGUUAGGACUGAGACCCACUGUUAUACCCUCCUAGCUGCAUGUGGAUCAAAUAAAGUGGGCAGAAGGACCAGGGGAGACUGGUGAAGGCAGCCCUUUGUAAGGAGGGAGGCAGGUGAGAGUUGGGCAGGAGACAUCUAGAGAAAUGACAGUCUUUGAUAUCUACUUGUAAUGAAUUUAUAAGAUCUAGAGAGACGGAGAAGACGCAAGUGCACCCGUCAGCCAGAGAAGAACCUGGUUGGUAGGGGAGGUUCAAGCCUACCUCCCCCCGGAAAUCCACUGUCCUUCCCCUGGUGCCAGCACCCUGCUGACAAGCUCCCAGGUCUGAGCUGCUGUUUCUAGACAGUCUCGUGUGGUUGAGUUAACCAGGGACAGUCUCGAGGUCUCUCCUCACCGCUAUCCUCUCAGAAAUAAAACAUGCGAUGGGAAAUACUCACAGUCCAACAGAGAAUGGCAAAUCCAAACCACGCAACUCCCCAGGCAUGUCGGUUCAUUGGUCCAGAGAUCAGCUCAUAGCAGCCCUGGAGAGGAGUGGGGGAUUCCACAUCCGCAUGAAAGGGACCAGAAAAAAGAGGUAAAAGAUGGUGGGAAGGUGAUUUGAAUCAAUGCCAGCCCAAAGUCCAGUUUAACAUGACCAGGCUAUUUGUAUAUCCCCAUGGACAGCCAGGUAUUAACUAUGCUGUACUGAAGAAAUAGGAAUAAUCCUGAUGAACAACUAUUCUAUAUCAUAUUUAUUUCUGUUUCUUUUCAUUCGAUCUAACUAACAAAGGUGCUGCUAUUUUAGCAAAACAUUUUCAUAUUGAAUAUGUGGCAAUGUAAAGUAUUCUUAAUAAAAUUUGAGGUUUUUUCCUCUCCCCAAAGAUUUUAUUGGUGAUUUUUUGAAGGCCGAGUCACUUUUUGAUUUGUUUUUCAAUAAAUGUGCUUCUAGUUAAUGAGAAUUAGGUUUUAUUUUUUAAUCAUUAGAGGAACUCCUAUACAGUACUUUCUGAAUUCUCAUUUGACAUUGUACUUAACAUAUCUUUACAGGAUUCUAGAAGAACCGCCGUGUGUUUGCGAAAGAGUGAUUCAUUUUUCACUCAUUGAGUCAUUCAUUCAUUCAUGUAUGCCAUAAUCUGGUUAGUUUUAUACAUAGCGCAUUCUGUCCUAGUCUCUAUGCAAAGUGCUGGAGUAAUACACACACGUAGGGCUAGACCUGCCAUCUAAGUGGCCUCUGCUAAAGACCUUGAAAUCAUAGGAAUGCCUAGGAAAUGCAGUGACCAGAUUGGUUUUAUGAACCACUGAGAUCCAGAGAGAAAAGUCUCUGAAAGGCUGACCUUGAAGUUUAUGCCCUGCCCAGUGUCUACCAUUGGUCACCUGAAGUUCUGUCCUUUCUGACCCCGCCCCAGUCUCUUGUUCAUCCACUCCCAUGCCCUGGCUUUGCUAUAUAUGCCUUGAUUUCUCUUCAUUUACCCUACUCCAUCUACCUGACCCCUCCAUUCACCCUGAUGCUCACAUGUGUCUUGGAAUUAUCCUUAAUUGUUUUUCUCUUAAGCACAUCUGUUUGGAUUUAAAAUACACUUCAAAUCCAAACAUGUAUUACUUCCUACUACCACCUUGGUCCACCAUGGCCUCACUCCAGGGUUCCCACAGUCUCCUCUUCGCUGGUUUCCCUGAGGCCCAAGUCCACCCUUGGUACCCUACUAGUUUUCAUACAGUGCCAGAGGGGUCCUAGUAAAACAUGUCAGAUCACUUCGCCUUCCUGCUCAGAACCCUCUAAAGGUUUCCCACCACCUUAAGAUGAAAUUCUAAGUCUUCACGAUGGCCGAUGAGGUGCUGUAGGAAACGGCCCUGCCUCUGUCUGUGGCCCCAGCCACUGCUAGCAGAGGCUGUCUUACUGCAAAGCUUGGGCUCAGGGCUCCUUAGUUGCAAGACCAUUUCAAAGCCCUGUACCUAAUUUUGUAUUCACAGUAUGCAAAAACAUUUAAAUUGUUUUUCCAAAGGAGAAUACCUCUCCACAAAUCUGAAAAGCUUUAGGCCCUAAGAAAUCUACCUUCUUCACUCCUACUGUUCUUUACUUGUUCUGGCCUUGCCAAAUGGAUUGCCUUGAGAGCCCCCACCUUAGGGCCUUUUCACUUGCUACUUCCUUUGUUCAGAACUCUCUUCAGUUUUCUUUAAUUGAGGGUCUCCUUUCCUCACUUAAUUCAGAACUCUGUGCAAGUAUCUUAAUAAAGCCUUUCCUGACAACCAGAGAAAAAUAACUAUCUCCCCAUCAUCUUCUAUAUCUUUAUCCUGCUUUAUUUCUGCUCAUAGCACUUACCACUACCUGGAAUUGAUUGUGUAUUGAUUUGGUAGCUUGUUUGUGGUUUGUCUCCUAUACUAAAGUGCAAGUUCUAUGAGGGCAUGGACUUUAUCUUGCUCCUUAUUGAAUCUCUAGAACCUAGAACAAGUGCCUGGUGCAAAGUGGGCACCUGGUUAGGAUGAAUAGAACAUGAUAGAAAAUAAUAAUUACAAUGAUGUUAUUUGUGACCCACUUGAUGGUUCACAAAUACUCUUCUAUCCAUCUAUCACUUGGUUCCCCUGACAAUCCUGGGAGGUGGUCAUUUGUCCAGCAAUAUGUUUACAAGCCCACUUAUGCCAAGUGCCAGGCUCCAGGCUGGGCAUUCAACUGUGACAAGGUAGAAAUGAGUCUUGCCCUCAUGAAGCUUACAGACAGAAGUCCCAGGUUUUCACCCUUUCUCAUUUAGUACCUUUCAUGAUGCCUUUUUCUCAUUGUAGCAGUGCUUACCUUCAUCUUCCUUAGUUCCAUCAUAAUGUUCUUGAGGUGUAGUGAAUCAGAAUUUGCACAUAGCAUUUUGGGGGCAGAUGAACCAUGAUGUAAGAAUGUAUAUAUUUGCAUCUGACAUGCUGUGUGACAUUUUGGUGGGUUUCUAUUAUUACUACCCUUUUGAUAAUGCCCCUUAUUUUGUUAACCUUUCUUCAUGAAUUGUAGAUCUCACAAAGCUGUUGGAUAGCCUCAAAACUGGGUUGUUCAGUUUUAAGUGAAAACAAAAGAUACAUUUUUCAUCUUCAUCAAGAAUUUCAUUGAACAAUGUAUUUAUUAAGCGAAUGAACUUUCUGGCCAGGCCAAUACAAUGUGGAUGAGAAAAAGUCAUUCACCUCUUCAUUUGACCGUCUAGAAAACAUUUAUUGAUACCUGUUUUGUGCCAGGCAUUAUGCUAAGUACUGAGAUACAGAAUUGAAUGAUGCAUGGCCCUCAAGGAGACUAAUGGGCAAAACAGGCUUGCAAGCAAAUACUUAUUUUUCAAGAUAUCAGCUGCAAUAAUAGAAGUAAAGUAGUUAUGACCAACCUAGACAGCAUAUUUAAAAGCAGAGACAUUACUUUGUCAACAAAGGUCCACCUAGUCAAGGCUAUGGUUUUUCCAGUGGUCAUAUAUGGAUGUGAGAGUU